CUGCCGUGGCGGGAGAAGCGUUUCCGGUGACAGCGGAGGCGGCGCUGAUCAGGACCUGCUAGCGGCAUCGGCUGCCGGCCAGGGAAGCGUCUAGAACAAUGUCAGGAGAACUUCCACUAAACAUCAAUAUUAAGGAGCCUCGAUGGGACCAAACCACGUUUGUCGGACGAGCCAAUCACUUCUUCACUGUGACGGACCCCAGGAAUAUCCUGCUAACCAACGAGCAACUAGAACAUGCAAGGAAAAUGAUACACGAUUACAGGCAAGGGAUCGUGCCCCCAGGUCUGACAGAAAAUGAGCUGUGGAGAGCAAAGUACGUCUAUGAUUCCGCGUUCCAUCCCGACACUGGUGAGAAGAUGGUUUUGAUAGGCAGAAUGUCCGCUCAGGUUCCAAUGAACAUGACCAUCACCGGCUGCAUGAUGACCUUUUACAGGUCCACGCCCGCAGUGCUCUUCUGGCAGUGGGUUAACCAGUCCUUCAACGCCAUUGUAAACUACACCAACCGGAGCGGAGACGCCCCUCUCACCGUGAACGAGCUGGGAACAGCCUAUGUGUCUGCGACGACGGGCGCCGUAGCCACAGCCCUAGGACUCAAUGCGCUCACCAAGCAUGUCUCGCCCCUGAUAGGGCGGUUUGUGCCCUUCGCUGCUGUGGCUGCUGCGAAUUGCAUUAACAUUCCAUUGAUGAGGCAGAGAGAACUCAAGGUUGGCAUUCCUGUCACUGAUGAAAACGGGAACCGCUUGGGCGAAUCAGCGAAUGCUGCGAAACAAGCCAUCACGCAAGUCGUGGUCUCCAGAAUCCUCAUGGCCGCCCCUGGCAUGGCGAUCCCCCCGUUCAUCAUGAACACACUGGAAAAGAAAGCCUUCUUAAAGAGGUUCCCCUGGAUGAGUGCGCCUAUUCAGGUUGGACUGGUUGGCUUCUGUUUGGUGUUUGCUACGCCCCUCUGCUGUGCUCUCUUCCCUCAGAAAAGUUCCAUGUCUGUGACAAGUUUGGAGGCUGACCUGCAAGCCAAGAUCCACGAGGCCCGUCCUGAGCUGCAGCGCGUGCUCUUCAACAAGGGACUGUGAAGGGGGGGCCGGCUCUCCGAGGCUCAUCCUGCCAGCCCCGCACCUGGCGCAGCGAAGGCCGCACGGAGAACCUCGUUGGAUCUGUGUUCUCCCAACUACCAAAAGAGUCCUAAGAUCCAGGUUAGCCUGCUGAGGGCAGCUGCUACUUAGAGCCCAGCACCUGGUGCAGCCAGGUGCCCGCCCCCUGUUGAACCCCUCCAGUUGAAUCAUGUCAUUGAUCCAAAUCCCCUCCUGUGAUCAUCGCUGGUUUUCCAAGACGCUGUCCCAGCCCACAUCCGGGGCUUAGAAUAGAGUAGAUACUCAGUCAGUGUGUGUUCUAGUCAGUGAAAAGGGACUCUCUUUCAAAUACUGAAUUUCCAGUCCAGUCCCAUUGUUUAGUUCAAGGUGCUUUCAGAAGCAAUGUAGGGAACACUGAAAGUUCUAGGGCAAACGUCAACAAGGACCCUUCAAUAGUAAGGAGUAGAUAGCUGUCGGGGAGGGCAGUGGGCAGGUCCUGACCAGAUGGUGAGUGGUUUUGACUGUGUAGCAAAGGGCUGCUUGCUAAACCUCCUGAAGACAGAGUCAAAGAUGAGGGUGAUCUCUAACUGCAUGCGGGUGGCUGGUGGAUUUCUUCGAAGGACAGUCAGUCACGUGCGUUCUGCUUCAGAGUCGUGUGACGGUGUGGGCCUUCCUUUGGCGUUCUUGGUUGUCCGCUCCAUUAUCUGCUUCCAACCACCCUCACGGGACUGAAAUCGGCAAAUGUCAAACUUUCAAAGCACACCCGACCCCGCCGCUGGAUGCGUGGGCUGAACCCGGUGGAAUCUAGCCUGGCUCGUGCUCUCCGCUCUCCCCGACUUCUCUUAUCAUCCUCAUAGAUUUCUGUGACUUUUCAGAGAGAUACAGCCAGCCAUCGUGUGAAGAUGAGUCAGCGGCCAAAUGAAUUUGACUUGAAUGUU